AUGGACGCGGAGAAGCCCUUCAAGACCAUCGAAGUCGUCGACUCUCGCACCAACCAGGUCUGCAAGGUCGCGUGCAUGUCAUGUAUCCGCGGCCACCGCACAACCUCGUGUGGCAUCCCAGUGUGUCGGUCCAAGAUCUUCUGGACGGUGAAACGACCGGGCCGACCCUCCAACUCGUGUACUUGUCGCUAUGGGGCUACUGGAGGAUGCAAAUGCGUCGUUGCCCGCUCCGCAUGCCCUCACAAAUCCAAGAAGGGCGAGAAGCGUUCCGGGGAAUGCCGCUGCGACGAACAGGGACGAUAUUGCUGCUUGCUGGAACCCGAGCAUUGGAACUCCUUGCUGUCGUUGGAGAAACCUACCGUGGACUUCUUCCCCACAACCGAAGCUUUGAGAGCCAAACAGGAUGCAACGAGCGCAUCAACUCCCUCGUACUCGUCCAUCGCCAGCCCUCCGUCCACUCACAGUAUACCGAGUACGCCUACACCGCAGGGUCGGAUGCAGCCUUUGCAUAUCAUGCCUCAGCCAUACAACAGUUACCAACCCAUACCAUCGACCACUCUGACUCCACGAUUUGGCAUGAUGGGCAUUGCGGCACCGAUGGGCUCUCCACACGAUGUCGCUCCAGAUGUGUUGGCAUGGGAGGGCCCGGUGCCUCAAGCACCGCGAGAGCACAUGUAUCACCGGCCCCAGCAGCAUGUGUAUGAGCCAUUGGAACAGAGCUCUUGCUGUCAAGCCUCUACACCGUCCGCUCACACUGUGCAAUCAUCUGCGCCGCAAAUGGAGCACUCGUUCUCUCAACAGCACCAAGGCCAGGAUGCAAGACUAUCGCCGCAGCACUACACCAACGUUGCUCCCGCAGCUAGCAUGAGCCAGCUGUCUCCGCAGCCCCCGGCUUUUGACUGGAAUAAGAUGCAGAACGACUACUUCAGAUAUCAAUUUCCCGGUGCCAUCUGCCAGAACUGCGGUCUAAAUGGCUGUACAUGUCGAAACUGUCCACCCGUGUUCCAACAUCCCGGGACAACGAGCUGGGCACAGUGCUGCGGACGGAAGCACGCGCGAGAUGUGCAACCCACUCCGAUUGCUCAAAAGGUGCUUCGGACGGAGGACAGUAGGGACACCGCGCAAGCCCGACAAAGCCAGCCGGGACAUCGAGAUGCACCAUCGAGUUCGUGCUGUCAAUCCGCGCCCCAGCAGACGUUCGUGCAGGAUGCGCCAUUCGAGGUAGACGCGACCCACUUUGGCGAAGGCUUCCACGACCUGGAACUCCUGUCGCCCCAUGGAGAUGCCAACUUCCUGGGCGAGCUCGACAUGGCUCGCGACAUGUUAUUGCCGGAUGCCACGGCACCUCUCGAUCUCAGUGACUUUCUCCUGUCGGAUCUCGACAGGUCUGAUCCCGUCCACGGAAGUGCCCCGCCGAAUAAUGAGACGGGUGCUAGCGCUGCUGCCACAGACGAGGGCGGGGGAGGUUGUUGCGACAACGAAAGAGGUCGUUGCUCUUGA